AUGAAUUUACCUGCUUUAAUCUCGAAGAGGCCUCCUGCCUACUUCUAUGCUUCUCUGAACGUUUUGCGACGCAGUCUAAGUCAAGCUGCCGAUGAGGAAAGAAUCGAGAUCCCUAAAAGAAUACACAGAGGCCCCACGGAUAUAUUAAAAGCCUUAGAAAAAACUAUUAGCAGGGAUCCAACGGCUGCUCAUUACAAAUACCAUGACGAUCCUUACUUAAUACCAAUGUCAAAUAUAGGUAAACGUACAUUCGCCAUGGCUCAGGAAUCCGGACGGAAAUCAGCCCAUUGGAUCAGAAAGGAACACGCUGAUCUCUUCAACCAUAAAGAAGCUGAUCCCGCAAUUCCUUCAUUCUUCCCCAAACUAGUUUAUAACGAAAACAGUCAAGUAACCAUUGAAGAUUUAACUAAAGCAAUAGAAGAGCACAGAGUACAGGACGCUCAAUUCAUCUACAAUUUAUUGAAAAAAAGUGAACAAGAAGUUAACGAUAAGUUAAAACAAAUGUUGCUAGAACUCGUUUGUUACUUCAAUUGCGAUGACAGCAUCGAUGAAGAAUUCAUCGAAGAGCGCUGGUUUAAACAGAGUUCGAAUUUAAAGGAUCGCAUGCGGAAGACAUGGAAAGAUGGCAGUUUUGCCGAAGAACUCUUCCAAUCCGUUACCAAUCCAACGGCUGAUACGUAUUCCGCCAUUAUACAGGGCAUGAAUAAAUACUUCCAAGCUGAUAGAGCCUGGAAGCUGUUCGAAGAAAGCCAAGCUAAAGGACUCGUUCUUACCACGGACGCUUACAAUUCCUUGAUACGAGUGACGAACUUCCUGAAGGAGAGCGCCGACAAAAGAUUGGACUUCAUCACGAAUAUCCUGAGCGAUAUGAAUAAAUGCGGCGUCGCGCCAAAUUUGGGAACUCUGAAUGCCGUGCUGCAUUCUCUCAGUUCGAUGGGUAGCAACAGAAGCGCCAGAGAAUUCCUUAUGGGCCUUUUAAGCGAAUUUAGAACCUUGGGAAUCGAACCGUCUUUGGGUAGUUGGUAUUACGUAAUGAUUACCUUUUAUAAAGAAAGAAGCCCGCCUACUACUGUAUUGUAUGAAAUUAUGAACCAAAUAAAGGACAAGGAGCAUUCGAUUAGGGAUCUAAGCGAUACGAAUUUCUUUGUUACCGCCAUGGAUGUUUGCAGGAAUCAUUUAAACGACGUAGAAUUGGCCAAAAGGAUUAACGAUUUAUUGCAUUACGGCGACAAUUACAAUUUGAUUGGGGAUUCCUUUAAAGAAUCCAUUUAUUAUCGUCAUUACGUUAUCCUGAUGGUAGCGAACACGCCAUUAGAAGAGUUCAUGAGAGACAUCUACGAUUUGCUGGUGCCGAACAUUUACAUUCCGGAGCCGGGCGUGAUGAACGAAAUUCUGAAGCAAAUCGAAUUGAACGGCAUCGUCGAGUACUUGCCGAAAAUUUGGUCCGAUAUGGUCAGCUUCGAUCACGCCAAUCGGGAGAAUUUGGUCGAUUACGUGGUCGACAUUAUGAUCGAAAAUCCGCAGCCCGAGAAUCCGAGUUUGACGGAACACUUUUCGAAGAUCGCUUGGGAUAUUUACAAGAGGAUUGAAGAACAGAACGUCCGUAAAAUUGGUAAAAUUAGUGCAACUGGAGGAAAAUACGGUAAGAUGAUGGCGCUCUUGUUGAGGAAUAACGAUUUUGAACAGGGCUGUAAAAUCAUGGAAAAACUUGACAAGGAGCAUCAAACAAUCCCUGGUGUUCCGAGAUUAGAAGAUUUAGAAUUGUUUAUUGAUCAUUGCAUUGAAAAUAAGAUGCCCUCAAGAGCUAUAGCGUGUAUUCAAUACUGUUCAGAUAGUGGCUUUGCAGAAUGCGGGGCAUUGGCGUCAAAAUUGAACGAGAAACUCACGCUUGACGAGUCACAUUUACAAAAGCUAUUCAAAAUCGUCGGGGAUCUCAAGCUAAGUGAUAAAAUUUCACAAGAACAAAAUGAAAGUAAAUAA